AUGGUUUUCCUUAACCUCAACAUCAACUGGGCACACCACAAAUGGGCUCUCUUCUACUGCCUAGUCUCAACUAUAGGUGCUCUUUGCUAUGGCUAUGAUACUAUCUACUACACUGGUAUCCAGGGCAUGAAAGCCUUCGUCCGCGAUUAUGGCGAAUUGACGGCGGAUGGCACCUACAAACUCUCUACGACUUUCCUCUCUGUUACUGCAUCUCUCAUCUACGUUGGCGAAUUUAUUGGAGCCCUCAUUACAGCGCCGAUCAAUGACGCCUGGGGCCGGAAGGCCGUUUUCUGCUCUGCUUCUAUCUGUAUCAUCGCCGGUGCCAUCGUCCAACUCGUCUCCUCUGGCCACUACAGCGCUUUUUGUGUUGGUCGGGUUCUCGUCGGUCUGGGAAUUGAGAGUUCAGUCUGGUACACCUACAAGGGCAGGCGAGAGGCGGCAGAGAAGGCGCUCCGAAAGAUCAACCGCUCUAUGCCAGGCUAUGACAGCGCCGCCGACUUAAAGGUUAUUCAAGAUCAGGUCAACAUGGAGCUCGAAAUGGAAGGUCAAUCCAGCUGGGCUUCUGUGUUUCGUGACCCCGUCGAGCGACGCAAGCUCAUAUACUCCUGCGGUGCUAUGUUCGCUCAGCAGAUCAACGGCAUUCAGUUUUGGUAUACCUACGGUGUUGUAUUCGCUCAAUCUAUCGGCACUGCUCAACCUUUUACCAUCAAUACCAUCACCAUCGUUCUCCAAAUUGUCGCAGUCGGCUUGUCUGUCGUUCUCGGUAACAAGAUGCGCCGUCGCGUCAAUCUAUUGGUCUGCACCUGCGGCAUGUUGAUCUCUCUGAUUGUGGUCGGUGGCCUUGGUACAACCCACCGUGGUGGUCCCUUCAACAAACCCGUCGGGAUUACGAUUGUCGUUUUCUCCUACAUCAACAUCAUCUGCUUCAACUUCUCCAUCGGGACUCUGUCCUACACUAUCGCAUCCGAGAUGGCUGUUGGCCGUAACCGGAACAAGAUCACCGCCGCUGCCAUUGGUGUCUUUUUCUUCACCGUCUGGCUUCUUGUCUUCGUCAGUCCAUAUCUCUACUUCUCUGCUAACCUGGGCCCCAUGCUCGGCUUUAUCUUUGCUGGCACCACCAUGUUCACCCUGGCCUACGUCUGGUUCUGCGUUGGCGAGACCACCGGACGCACCAACACCGAGAUUGAUAGAUUCUUCCUUGAACACAUCCCAGUUAGGCAGUGGAGGACUCACGUUUUCCCACCCCUUGAGAAUGACGAGAAAGAUGAGGCGACCAUAGUUUCACACAUGGAGGUUAAGGAGAAGGUCUAG